AUGAGUGUUGAAUACGAGUGAGAGUAGUGUGAGAGUGAGAGGGGAGUGGAUGAGCGAGAGAAAGCGAGGGGUUGUGUGAGAGAGAAAGAGAGAAGGGGAGAAAGGAACGGGGAGAAGGCAAUAAUUGGGAGGAGGAGGGAGAAGGGAAGAAUGGCGAUGAAUGACUGGAUGGAUGUGGAUGGAUGGUGGAUUUGGAGGUGGAGCACGCAUCGGCAGGGCUGGGCGAAAGAGUCUGGACUCAAUUGGUUGCGAGGAAAUCAUGGACCAGAGGGACGGCCUUCAACUCUCUCCAGGAUCCUUCCCAAGAAACUCCAGGAUUGACGGAUGGCCUCGAGUUUGUCCGGGUGAUUCCAACUGAUUGGCCCGCUGCCUGUCCGGAUCGACACCGGGAGGCGAUCCAUCAUCUCUCAUCCUGUCUCUCUUUUUCUUUCUCUUUCUUGUCCCAAGGAGGAUCAAUAUACUGGUGUUACUCAACAGCUACUAAUACUACAGCUACUACUACUCACAACCUGCAAAAUAUCCAUCCAUCCAUCACAAAGAAGAAUGAAGAAGAAGAUUCUCCGAUCCUCCCCCACACGAACCCUCCCAUGUGCCAUCCAUCCAAACCCACACAAUACUCAAACCUUAUACAAAGCAAGCAAAGCAUAACCCGCAUAGCGAUAAACUUCCCCCUCCCGACCGCACACAAGAAAUAAUCCAACAAAACUCAGUUGAAAUUCCAUCCACGUCUAGAUCCCAACUCCAAAAGUCCCGCGGUUACAAUCGGAAAAGCUCACCCGUUCCUGGCCGUCUUUAUGAUUGGCGGAUACUAG